AUGGGCAGCCUGCUUUGUAGGUUUCUUCGCCCUCCCCGCCGCCGGCCCCUGCCCGGCCGCGGUCGCCCGCUGCUCACCCCUGCCUGGGACACCGCCCAUCCUGGCCGCGACCACCCCGCCGUUCCUGCACCUGCCCCCUGCUCUGGGCGCAGGCCAUUCCUCCGGGAUCGCAGGCCCCCACCAGCUCGCUGCCACGUGGAGCCCAGGAGGCGGUACCCGCUCCCCCAGGCCGCGUGCCCCCCUCUGGGCCUCCUCGCCGUGGUGAACUGGAGGAACCCUCCGGGUCAACCUGUGCUGGCUGCGCGCAGUUCCCUGGGGUGCGGGCCCUCGAGGACUGUGAGGAUCCCUGCUCUGGGGCGCAGGUUCCGGCUCCUGCAUUCCCUACCUGCACAGGAAGCCAAGGCUGCGAGUCAGGUACCAUCCCCUCCCCUCCCCCUUUGCAGCCCACAGGGGGUGGAGGAGAAGGUCCCAGAGCACCCCGGAGAACAGACCGAGGCUCUUGGUGGGAGUGGCCGCCCCCAGAGCAGUGGGGGGACACCCCUGACAUCUGAGCCCCCGGACACCAGUGGCGUUCUCCGCCUCCACCAAGCCAGCCCUGCAACUCUGGACCGCCGUCUCGUGCCCUCCGGAGGGAGCUCGUGGGACAGCACCCAGAUGGCUCCCGUGUCCUCCUCUGAAGGCCGCGUUGCCACCUCUUCAUGUGGCCCCGUGGGAGAUGCCCUCGCGAAGGCCGACAGGGAUGCGGCAGUGCUCUGGGGCCCAACCGCAUGCCGCCCCUUGCCGCAGGAGACGUGCACACAGGCGGCGGUGGCUGAAGACCAUCAGCCUGGGCAGAGCACGCGGGCCGGAGCGAGGAAGGACACGCAGGCUGAGAAGCCCUCGGGCGUGUCGCCACGGAGCCCUCUCCCACCAGCACCUGCCAGCAGGAGGCAGAACAAGAGGAAAAUGGCCAUGCCCCUCUGUCUGCCAUUGCCGCCACCACUACCGCUGCUGUGGGAUCGAGGGGACUUGCCCGCACCCCCGAAGCUUCCUUGCGUGGCUCUUGACAAGGACCCAGGCACCUUGCCGAACACCGAGUGUCCCAGGAACACGACCUUGAAGGACAGAACAAAGACCUUGGCAGACUGCAGGGCCGCUCAGCCUGCCCCCUCCUCCCCCCCACUGGCCUCGGAGACUGCAGGCUCCCCGCCCCUGGCCGCUCACGCUGCCCACGGCCCUGUUCCUCCCACCGACUUGGCUGGCCCUUCUGCCAGGCCCCCGAUCCUCUCUGUCCCGCCGUCGUCCCCAACACGACAUGCUGGUCGGGAAACAGGACAUGGAGUUCCUGAAUCUCCUCCCCUGGCUGUUCCCGCCGAUUCUCUUCCUCCCCUUCCUUCCAGUCCCAUUAGGGAAACUCCACUUGGCGGAGGUCCUCCUCCCCCAGGCAGGGCUACGACACCCACCUCUGACCGCCCCACACCUUCCAACACCUCAACCUCCUUACACCCACCCUCCUGCACAAAAGAAUCCCCAACCCCCAUGUGUGUAGACUCUCCCCCUCUCUUCCUGACAGCCCCUCUCCCAGGCCACUCCACACAUAGCUCUGUCGUUGCAGUCCAGCCCGGCACCUCUAAACCGACUUCUUCUCCCACCGCAGCAAAGUCAUCUGCUUUGACCUCCAAGCCUAUUUCCAAUCCUGGUGUCGUGGACAUGGACACUACGUCCCCUUCCCGGGCUGUCAUCUUCAGCUCGCCCCCACACUCCGGGAUGAGCUGUCCUCCGUUUUCCCGGGGCCAUUGCAGUAUGAAGCAGAGAUGCCCUGCGAAAGUUGCAGCAUCCACCAGUCUAACUACGUCGAUGGCCCCCGGCCCCACACCACUUGCUGAUCAACUCUUCAGCCUCCACAUCACCCCUCAGCCCACACAUGGGACUCUUGCUGGGAGGCAGCAAAAAGCUGUUCUUCCCAGUGCUCCUAUCGCCACUGGCUUGCCCAACCUGAGUUCUGGGGCCACCACCACUCCAGUAGGCAGCACCUCUGCAAACCCCAAACCUCACUCUGACGCCGAGGCCAUGGAUACCACAUCUCCCUCCCGGGCUGUCAUCUUCCAGACCCCCCUGGGUCCCAGAAGAACCGCUUGCCACUGUACAGGGCGCUUCCUGGUUCUGUCAGCCAUCAUACAGGCCUCCGUUUGGAUGCAUCCUAACCCAGGAAUCGCCCCUCACUCUGACGCCGAGGCCAUGGAUACCACAUCUCCCUCCCGGGCUGUCAUCUUCCAGACCCCCCCUGGGUCCCAGAAGAACCGCUUGCCACUGUACAGGGCGCUUCCUGGUUCUGGCAACACACCACCCGGUAGCAGUACUGCCUUGGCCCAUGGCUCUACCAUUUUCCCUCAAAAGUCAGCCAUCAUACAGGCCUCGGUUUCGAUGCAUCCUAACCCAGGAAUCGCCCCUCACUCUGACCCCGAUGCCAUGGAUACCACAUCUCCCUCCCGGGCUGUCAUCUUCCAGACCCCCCCUGGGUCCCAGAAGAACCGCUUGCCACUGUACAGGGCGCUUCCUGGUUCUGGCAACACACCACCCGGUAGCAGUACUGCCUUGGCCCAUGGCUCUACCAUUUUCCCUCAAAAGUCAGCCAUCAUACAGGCCUCCGUUUGGAUGCAUCCUAACCCAGGAAUCGCCCCUCAAUCUGACCCCGAUGCCAUGGAUACCACAUCACCCUCCCGGGCUGUCAUCUUCCAGACCCCCCCUGGGUCCCAGAAGAACCACUUGCCCCUUUACAGGGCGCUUCCUGGUUCUGGCAACACACCACCCGGUAGCAGCACUGCCUUGGCCCAUGGCUCUACCAUUUUCCCUCAAAAGUCAGCCAUCAUACAGGCCUCCGUUUCGAUGCAUCCUAACCCAGGAAUCGCCCCUCACUCUGACCCGACGCCAUGGAUACCACAUCUCCCUCCCGGGCUGUCAUCUUCCAGACCCCCCUGGGUCCCAGAAGAACCGCUUGCCACUGUACAGGGCACUCCUGGUUCUGGCAACACACCACCUGUAGCAGCACUGCCUUGGCCCAUGGCUCUACCAGUUUCCCUCAAAAGCUAUCGGCCUGGCCACUCCUAUAACUCAGCCACCCGGAGGGACCACAAUGCAAUCGGGGUUUGCGGGCCUCCUUUUGGCACCACUGUCAACAAGCAGACGGCCCUUGGUACCACUGGGAUCCCUAGCACUGGGAACAGUAGCUCACCAGUUACAGGUACCACUACAGGCCCACAGACUGUCGUGGGGCCUGCAGUCCCCAGUGGCUUACCAGUCACGGCUACCACUACAGGCCCACAGACGUUUGUGGGGCUUACAGUCCUCAGUGGCUCACCACUCAGGGAUACCACUGCAGCCCCUCAGACCUUUGUGGGGCCUGCACUCCCCAGGGCAUCACUACUCCUGACUACCAGCACAGGCCCACAGAUGAUUGUGGGGCCUAUAGUCCUUAGUGGCUCACCACUCACGGCUACCACCACAGGCCCUCAGACCUUCGUGGGGCUAGCAGUCCCAGUGGCUUAUCAGUCACGGCCACCACUACAGGCCCACAGACCUUUGUGGGACCUGCAAUCCCCAUGGAUGGGCUUAAUGUGCCCAUGCCAGAUUCCAUUCGCUCACAGGCGUCAGGAGCAUUCAACGUUGGAGCUGGACUGA